AUGUACUGGGCGAUGUCUACUAGGGGCAGAGCAGAGACGAGUGUAGGUCAGGCGACGACACCGGUGGUCAGGGUGACGGCACGCACACGAAAGGUGGCACUGGCGGUCGGGAUGUUUGAUCUCGGUCCCAAUCUAUCUAUGGUGUGUAGAGGGAUGCUCCACAAGGCUCCUCACGAGGUGAGAGGAUUGCUAAAGGUGAUUGUUCAAAG